CGCAGCGUAGUCCUCUUUCAGCCAUCACACUCACUGACUUGGUGACUCGCAACUGCAUGCUGCAUGUGGGCUCCGCCGUUCUCACUUUUCGCCGCUGCAAGAUCGUCCUUCUGAUGUAAAAGCUAUGCCAGCCUCAUCCUCGCCUUCAUCGCCAGCUGUCGAGGUCGACGACUCUCAGCAAGGCGUCCUAGACGUCGUCCCAUCUACCUCUCCCUCCACGUCCCCGGCCAAGAGCGACACGAGCUUCACAUCUAAGGCGGGAGCUGCUACCUCUGGACAAAAGAAGAAGCACAAAUCUGUGCGCUCCCUGACGAGAGAGUACGAAGAGACCUCCUCUCCAGUCUAUCCUUCUUCAGAACGUGGGCCGAGCAUCUCCUCUACGCUAUUCCCUCCAUCGUCCGAGGAGGGCCAAGACGUCGCAAGACCUGAUCUGAGCGGAAGACGAGCCUCAAAUUCGUCCAGCGGGUCGACCAAAGGUCAACAAUCGGGGUCAACCCACGCUCGAGCUCCGUCUGUGCUGCUCGCAUCUGGCAGCUAUCCAUCCACUCUUUCGCCAGCAUCCGAAACGAGCCCUAAUAGACCGCGCACUAUCAGUGGUAGUAGUCUAAGCGCUGAGCAGCUGCGAAACACCAACAAGGCUUUGGGCAUUGCGAGCGCGGGCUACCCCUCAUCUUACUCGAGGGAAAGGAAAUUGAGUUCUACCUUUGAGGGCAGCCCUGAACGCAAGGCGGUGCCGCUACCUGAGACGACCCAGGGUGCAGGGGCUGCGCCACAAAGGCACAACAUGGAGAGAGAGACAAGUUUGGAAAGUAAGGGCGGGCUGCCGGCGCUCCGCGUCAGUGUACAGCCAGCAACUCCAUCGCUCAAUGGCUUCCCAGAGGGAGAACAGGCUCGCGCGACCGAGGCAGCCAAGGCAUCCCGUACUGCCGAGGAGCAGGAGGAGGCCUACGAAUCUCUAGAUGCCUUCCCGAGCGAUGCGACUUCGCCGUUGGACAGGCAAAGUUCAUCAGCGUCAUCUGAACUGACAUCCGGUGGACUUUCGCUGAGCGCUUUGGAUCGGAUGAGCCCCGCAGAGAGGCGCGAGCAUAGCCGCAUGCACUCCACUGUCCAUGCCAGGAACCUGUCGACAUUCUUCCCGAGACCUGGUACGGAGGCAGAGGCAGAAGCAGAUGCUGCUCAAGCGGCAAGAAACUUUUCUGGCGCAGCUCCAGCCGAUACCACGGAAGCAACUCUGGCACCGGCUUCCGCCGACGGAGGUGCCAGCUUGCAAUCUAGCUCCAGCAGGAGCAGAAGAGGACAUCAUCGAAAACACUCCGUCAAUCAUGCGGCGAUGUUGGAUGCUAGAGGCGGAGUUCAGACGCACAGCCUCGGCUCUUCCCCAGGCGAGGUGUCGGCUGGAGGGCUGUCAUCUGCCAGUCCUAUGUCUCCCGUAUCCGCAGCGACGGGCAAGUACGGCUCGGAUGUGCCCCCUUGGGAAGUUAAUGCUCCUUCGUCGCUGGACAACUCGGGCCCACGUCACGCACCGCACGCAGCUGCGACCGCAUUCGGGUCUUCCUCUUCUUCCAGCUCCCUCGCGGACUUGUCCGGUCUGCCACCUUCCGCCAGACCCCUCCUCUUGUUUGGUGCGGUGCACUUUGCUGUAGGAGCGGGACUAUGGGUGGCCGGACAGGCGGGAGACUCUUUGGCCAUGACGGGUCUGGGAUAUCUUGUCGUAUUUGACGCGCUCGGUAGCUGGUGCGAAGCCGGCGGACAGUGGGCUACCACCAAAGCUAAGGCGGAAAACAAGGCUGGAAAGGUAUACGGACCUCAACGAGUCGAAACGCUGCUGCACUUUGUGCAAUCUAUAUACCUCGUAUUCGCAUCCAUCUACGUCCUCAAAGAGUCGAUCGAGCACGCAUUGCUGGAGGGUUCGGAAGAGGUGCAUGCAGAGGACAAUGCGGGGUUGCACCUGCCUAGCGGGUUACUGCUGGCUGCCAGUGCAGCCGGCCUUAUCAGCAGCAUGGUGCUCGGUAAUCAUCAAGGCCUCGUCGCUGCGUGCGGCAUUUCUACUGCGGCUGCAGACUCUCAGUCAGGUCGCACGGUUAGGAGCCGAAGAGGGCACGCGCGAAAAGCCUCAGUGCUGGUCGAUCCGGCCACACUGGCUGGUCCAUUCCUUUCUCUGCUCUCCAACCCUUUCAGCUUGACCAUCCUCUUCUUCAGCCUGGUGCUCACGCUCGCCAGCAUCGUCAUGCCUCCGUUUCAGGUAGCUGCGUUGGACAAGGUACUCGCAGGUCUGGAGAGCGCCGCGAUGAUUUAUAUUGCGUACCCGGCUAGCAAGGCGCUGGGAAAGGUCCUUCUCCAGACUGCGCCUGAGAAGUGGCAGACACAGAGCGUACAGCUCAUGCAUACCCUCAAGACUAUUGAGGAGCACCCGCUCGUGACCUACGUAGCACCGCCGCACUUGUGGCAAUUGACGCCCAAGACGUCCGCCUUAUCUGGUCCACAGGGACAAGUGCCUUCGAUCCUUUCAGGCGGUGCGCAUGUGCAGCAGACGGGUCCGAGAUCUGCCAAGGCAGCGUCGCUCAUCGCCAACGUGCAAGUGUUUUUGCACAAGGAAGCGACAGACUCGGACGUGCUCAAUGUGACUAGGUGGGCUUGGCAAUUAGCUGCACCGGCUUUGGGAGCGGGAACGGGAGCUAGUGCAGGAGAAAGCUUGAGGGGUAGCUUGAGAGCUGGUGAACUGGUCAUUCAGUGCAGCAGAGAGGGCAGAGAAAGAUCGGGCUGUGAUCAUGAGCAUGAUGGGCACGAUCAUGAUCACGCACACGCACACGCACACGACGACUCUGCCCAUCGUCACCAUGAUCAUGACCGCCACGAACACGUGCACCACGAUCAUGCCCAUCAUCACCACGAUCACGGUGCACACAACCAUCAGGAUCACUCUCACUCCCACAAUGGGCACGGUCACGCUCAUAGUCUUGCACACGACCAUGGCCACGAUCACAGCCAUGAUUCUGGGCAGAGCCAAGGCACGAUCAAAGGCGCGAGCAAAGACCAAAGCCACAGCCACAGCCACAGCCAUGAGCAUGCCCACUCUCACUCUCAUGCACAUGACCACGCGCACCACGGUCACACUGACGAUUCCUCUAGCCAGAAACACAAUUCCCAUACGCACACCCACUAAUGCAGCCGCUUGGGGCGCGGUAGUCGCGCGCAGUCUCGAGCAUCCCCAGUCUCGUGCAAUACAUUGAUUACGAUUCAUAUUCGCAGCCUAGGCGCGUGCACGGCUAGUGACCAUCGCUGGCGACGCGCUCGACGUUGAAAGCGUCGGUGAGGUACUGCUCCACCUCUGCCUGGUGGGCGCGCUUGGAGCCGGUGGCGACGGAAGCGUAGGGAGGUCUGGAAGCCAGAACGGCGAGGGUGUCCUUGUGGUGUUCGGUGUGUCUGCAAGCCGUUCUCAAUCUAGGUUGGACAUAAGACCAAGCACCGUUAUUGAGUGGUUCUUCCUGCACGU